GCGACUCCGCCCCUGACCUCGGGGCGCCCCGCCCACUUCCGGCCGCAGUGGGCACGCGCGCACUCGCGGACAGUGGGAGCGGUAGAAAAGGCUGGGUGUUGCGGACCUGUGGGGCUUUAACUAUGGCGAACCUAGGGGUAGAGGCUGAAUGUGAACCGCUCAUAGGCGACCACACAUCCGGAAGCAGAGAAUGGGACAUUAUAGAAACUCAAGAGAAUUAUAAGAGCAGAUGGAGAUCUAUUAGGAUUCUUUAUCUUACUAUGUUUCUCAGCAGUGUAGGGUUUUCUAUUGUGAUAAUGUCAAUAUGGCCUUAUCUCCAAAAGAUUGAUCAGUCAGCCGAUGCAAGUUUUUUGGGCUGGGUUAUUGCUUCAUUUAGUCUUGGCCAGAUGGUAGCUUCACCUAUAUUUGGUUUAUGGUCUAAUUAUAGGCCGAGAAAAGAACCUCUUAUCAUCUCCAUCUUUAUUUCGGUGGCAGCCAACUGCCUCUAUGCUUACGUCCAUGUCCCAGCUUCUCAUAAUAAAUACUACAUGUUGAUUGCUCGUGGACUGGUGGGAUUUGGAGCAGGAAAUGUAGCAGUUGUUAGAUCAUAUAUUGCUGGUGCUACUUCCCUUCAGGAAAGAACAAGUUCCAUGGCUAAUACAAGCACAUGUCAAGCAUUAGGUUUUAUUCUAGGUCCAGUUUUUCAGACUUGUUUUGCACUGAUUGGAGAAAAGGGUGUGACAUGGGAUGUGAUUAAGCUGCAGAUAAACAUGUACACCGCACCAGUUUUACUUGGCGCAAUCCUGGGAGUUUUAAAUAUUAUUCUGAUCCUUGCUGUAUUAAGAGAACAUCGUGUGGAUGACUCAGGACAACCAUAUAAAAGUCUUAAUUUUGGAGCAGCAAAUACAGAGGAAGUUCAGAUUUCACAAGGAAAUAUUGAUCAGUUUGCUGUUGUGGCCACCAAUGUUCUCUUUUUUGUGGUUCUGUUUAUCUUUGCCCUUUUUGAAACAAUCCUUACUCCAUUAACAAUGGAUAUGUUUGCUUGGACUCAAGAACAAGCUGUGUUAUACAAUGGAAUCAUACUUGCUGCUCUUGGAGUUGAGGCAGUUGUUGUUUUCUUGGGGGUUAAAUUACUUUCAAAAAUGGUCGGUGAACGUGCUCUUCUGCUGGGAGGCCUCCUCGUUGUCUGGGCUGGCUUCUUUAUCUUACUACCUUGGGGAAAUCAGUUUCCCAAAAUACAGUGGAAAGAUUUACAUAAUAAUUCAAUCCCUAAUACCACUUUUGGGGAAAUCAUGAUUGGUCUUUGGAAGUCAUCAAGAGAGGAUCACAACAAACUACCAACUGGUUGCCCAAUUGAGCAAGCCUGGUGCCUCUACACCCCAGUGAUCCACAUGGCACAGUUCUUCACAUCAGCGGUGUUAAUUGGAAUGGGCUAUUCAGCCUGCAAUGUUAUGUCCUAUACGCUCUAUUCAAAAAUUCUAGGACCAGAACCUCAGGGCAUCUACAUGGGCUGGUUAACAGCUUCCGGUAGUGGGGCACGGAUUCUGGGGCCUGUGUUCAUCAGCCAUGUGUACACUUACCUGGGGCCUCGAUGGGCGUUCGGCCUUGUGUGUGGAAUAGUGCUACUCACCGUCACACUCCUGGGAGUGGUAUACAGAAGACUCAUUGCCUUUUCUGUAAGGUAUGGGAGGGUUCAGGAGUCCCCCAGCUAAGCCUGUGAUGGAAGUACCCGCAAUGCAUUUCCUGGUCUAAGGCUCUGCUGGACAGUUGCUAUAAACGUCUCCAAAGCCAGGUAGUAGAUUUUGCACAUUUUGAAUAACAUAUUGAGUAACAGAGGGAAUUGUACAUGUAUUUAUGAAUAUGAUAUAUAAAAACAUUCUGGGCCAUAAAUUCUUUAUCUCAAAAAUGAAGUAUUCUUCUAAUGCUGCCUUUUUGGGGUUUCUGGAACUAAAGAGCAAAUGGACAAUGAUCUGUGCGUGUGAAGUUACACUGUUCAAUACAGACUGCAGCGGUGUCAUUAAAAUAAUGUUACCUACACAGUGAACCAGGGGGGUUGUGUAUGAGUUAGAGCAGAGUGAAACUAUAGAAAGGUUUUAUUUAAUAUAUUUAUUCACAGAUGCAUUUUUAUUAUAAAAAUGCAUUUUCUAUUAUCCAGUUUCCUUGCAAAAUAAAAAUCAUGACUUAGAUCCCCAUUUAACCUGCCUACCAUCUUGCCCUGCCUUCUUUAAGUCUGUUCUAAUAUUGCACCCAUCUUAUUUUAGCUGAAAAAUCUAACCCCUAAAUAUGAGGAAGAAUAAUGCUAAUAGUUGAGCAAUAAAGAGAUCAGAUAUAUUGCAUUAGCUUUAAUAAGGCUUUUAUUUCAAGUUCUGAUAAUUCACUUUAGAAACAGAAGCCAGAUAUUAUUGCAUACACACACUGAACAGUAAAUAGGUUCUAAAAAUUAUUGCUAUUUUCCAACUCUGAACUCCAGUUUUAAACUCAACUCUAAAUACUUUCCUGGCUCUCAGUAGGGGCAAGAAAGAACACAGUAUUCAGUGUGUGUAUAGAGCUAUUUAAACCUUCAGAAUUUGAGCUGGAUUUUAAAUGUGAAUGGAACCUAAUAGUCUAGACAGGCUAAUAAGUAUUUGAAACAAGGGCUGUAAUUUAAGUUUACUGAGUCUGCCUGAAGUUGGCUAAAUCACCUAAAUCAGCUGGGCGUGGUGGCGCAUGCCAGUGGUUCGUCACUUGGGAGGCUGAGGCAAGAGGAUUGCUGCUAGUUUGAGGCCCGCCUGGGCUAUAUAAGAGAGCCCGUCUUGAAAAAUGAAGAACAAACUUCCUAUUGACCCUGUUAUCAGAUAGUGUUUUCCAUAUUGAAAUACUUCUAAUAAUGAAUCUUAGAAUUGACAGUUUUUACAAAAUGACAAUUAUGCAUUAUUGGAACACAUAGUAUUUAUUUCUUGAAUUUAAUGAUGCAAAACACA